AUGCUGGAUCGAAAUAGAUUCGAGCCGAAAGCAUCGACGUUCCAGGCAGAUCUGAAGUUGACUUACACAUCAGCAAAUUCAUUCUAUGAUAUUUCAAUGGCUAUCAGUCAUUGGAUGCAAGAAAGAGCAUUCCUCAAAUUGGAUCAGGUGAACAGUCGGGAUACAUUCGAUACAUCUGUGAUGGAGGUGAAUGCCUUCUACGACGGCAAUAAAAAUCAGAUCGCUAUUUCCGCAGGUAUCCUUCAAUCUCCAUUUUUCAACUCGUCUUUGCCGAGCAUAAUGAACUACGGUGCCAUAGGAGUUGUCGCUGGACAUGAGGUCACCCAUGCCUUUGAUGACAGUGGGGCAUCUUACGACGAGUAUGGUAAUAAAAAUGACUGGUGGGAUGACGCGACGUACAAGAACUUUGAGCACAAGAAACAAUGCUUUGAUCGUCAGUAUGGAAGCAUCUUUGUCAACGACCUGAACGUCAAGAUUGAUGGGAGACGAACCGAAGGCGAGAACAUUGCUGACAAUGGAGGAAUGCGGGCAGCAAUUCGGGCCGCUUUACGCCUUUCUGAAGGCACAUCUGAACGCUUCACCAUUGCCGGACUAGAGGACUUUACUCAAAUGCAUUAUUUCUUCAUGAACUAUGCUUUCAUAUGGUGCGGAAGCACUCGCCGAGCAACUCUUCUCAACAAAUUGGCCAACGACGUUCAUGCGCCCGAUAUGUAUCGUGUAAACGUCGUACUGUCAAAUCAGCCAGAAUUUGCUAAAACAUUCGGCUGUCGACAAGGAUCGCCCAUGUCUCCCGAUCGCACGUGCACAUUGUGGUAA